AAGAUCAGGAUGGACAUCCUAACAAGCAUCCUUGGAUGAAAGCGAGAGGGAAGCUCUCGUUCGGGAUUGACAGUACUCCGGAGAUGCGCAGAGCCAGGACUGUUCCUCUAGUAAGCGUGACGGUGAUCCAGAGUAGGAGGGCGGCGCAAUCCAGUCCGGCAUCACUGAAGGACGAGGAACUGAAAGCCCACGUGUACAAGAAGACUCUGCAGGCUCUGAUCUACCCGGUCUCCUGCACCAUGCCACACCGCUUUGAGGUGUGGACAGCGACCACGCCCACCUACUGCCACGAGUGUGAGGGGCUGCUGUGGGGUUUGGCUAGGCAGGGCAUGCGCUGCGCUGAGUGUGGGGUCAAAGUGCAUGACAAGUGCCGAGAGCUACUCAACGCAGACUGUCUGCAGAGAGCAGCAGAGAAAAGCUCCAAGAGUGGGGCCGAGGACCGCACCCACCACAUCAUCACAGCCAUGAAGGACAGGAUGAAAAUCCGCGAGAGGAACAAGCCAGAGAUCUUUGAGGAGAUCCGAAAGGUCUUUAACAUCUCGAAGACGGUCCACGCUCAGCAGAUCAAGGGGGCCAAGCAGAGUGUCCUGGAUGGCACCUCCAAGUGGGCUGCCAAGCUCGCCAUCACUGUGGUCAGUGCACAGGGGCUCCAGGCCAAAGAUCGCAGCGGAGCCAGUGACCCCUAUGUCACCAUCCAAGUGGGCAAGACCAAGAAGAGGACCAAAACCAUCUACGGAAACCUCAACCCAGUGUGGGAGGAGCAGUUCCACUUUGAGUGCCAUAACUCAUCCGAGCGCAUCCGGCUGCGGGUGUGGGACGAGGAUGAUGACAUCAGAUCCAGAGUCAAACAGCGUCUGAAGAGAGAGUCCGAUGACUUUUUGGGUCAGAGCAUCAUCGAAGUGCGCACGCUGAGUGGAGAGAUGGAUGUGUGGUACACCCUAGAGAAAAGGACAGACCGGUCAGCUGUAUCCGGGGCUAUUCGCCUACAGAUCAGUGUGGAGAUUGAGGGGGAGCAGAAGGGGGCACCGUACCAUGUCCAGUACACCUGUCUACAUGAGAACAUGUUCCACUACUGCAUGCGCUUGGAGGGUGGCAGUGUGCUGAGGUUUCCUGUGGCUCAUGGAGAUGAGGCAUGGAGGGUCUACUUUGAGGAGGUGCAGCAGGAGAUCGUGGAUGAGUUUGCCUUACGCUAUGGUAUCGAGUUUAUCUACCAAGCCAUGACACACUUCUUGUGCCUUUCGUCCAAGUACAUGCUGUCGGGGGUUCCUGCGGUCAUGAGCGCCCUUUUGGCCAACAUCAAUGCCUUCUACGCCCACCCCACUGCCUUAACCAACGUACCCGCUCCCACGAGAAUCGCUGCCUGUAAUUUUGGGAGAGACCGCUUUGUGAAGAUCCUGGAUCAACUCCACAACUCUCUCCGUAUCGACCUCUCCAUGUACAGGAACAACUUCCCUGCCAGCGACAAAUCUCGUCUGAAUGACCUCAAGUCCACUGUGGAUCUCCUCACCAGCAUCAGCUUCUUCAGGAUGAAGGUGCUGGAGCUGCAGAGCCCACCCAGAGCAGCUCAUGUGGUCCUACUGUGUGUGAAAGCCUGUCUCCACUCCACCUACGAGUACAUCUUCAACAACUGUGUGGACCUAUUUAACCGACAGUUCCAGGUCACACUCACGCCUGAAGCACAAAAUAAGGAUAAGGAGGAAGGAGAAGAAGAGGGUGAAGAUGAGGAGGAGCAGAAUGAGAAGCCAGAGGAGGAAGCUCAGCCGGAGGAGCAGGGCCCUAGCCUGCAAAACCUGGACUUCUGGCCCAAACUCAUCACUCUCAUUGUGUCCAUCAUUGAAGAGGACAAGAAUACCUACACCCCAGUCAUCAACCAGUUCCCACAGGAGCUGAAUGUGGGUAAAGUCAGUGCAGAGGUCAUGUGGGGACUGUUUGCUCAGGACAUGAAGUACGCUCUGGCAGUUCAGGAGACAGUACUCCGCAGCCAAUGGAAGAAUGCUCCCAUGUCAUUCCACAUUCGCAUGGUGGACUUCUCUGCUGAGCACGAGCUGCACAGGCUCUGUAAGAGUGCAGAUUACAUGACCCUGCACUUUAAGGUCAAGUGGCUCUAUACCGAAUAUGUGAGAGAUCUGCCCACCUUCAGCGACUCCGUGCCCGACUACCCUUCGUGGUUUGUCCCCUUUGUCCUGGCCUGGCUGGCUGAAAACGAGGAGGUGUCGAUGGAGUUCAUGCACAGUGCCCUGGAGAGAGACAAGAGAGAAGGGUUCCAGGCCACCUCAGAGCAUGCGCUCUUCUCCAGCUCUGUGGUGGACAUCUUCACUCAGCUCAACCAAAGCUUUGAGAUCAUCAAGAAAUUGGAGUGUCCAGACCAUGCCGUGCUGGGCCAGUACACCUGCCGCUUUGCCAAGACCAUCUCGAAGGUCCUGCUGCAGUACAGUGCUCUGCUGGCCAAGAUCCUACCCUCCUGCUGCGACAAGGAGAAGAUGCCCUGUGUCCUCAUAAACAACAUCCAGCAGGUGCGGGUGCUCCUGGAGAAGAUGUUUGAGUGGAUGGGAGCCAGACAGAUGGACCAGGAGGCCGCCAAUGUCCUGAACCAACUGCAGCUUCAGCUCAGCACAGUCCUGGACAACUUCAGCACCGUCUUCACCAAAAGCUUCCAGGGCCGCCUCACUGGCUGCAUGAGGCAGAUGGCUGAGAUCCUUUACCAGAUGAAGGGCCCCCUAAACCCCAGCACUCUGGAGGCUGAUGCCGACGUCGCCCUCCGGCCCGUCAUGGAGUUCCUGGACAGAAAUUUGAGUGUGUUUGCAGACGUGUGUGAGAAGGCCGUGCUGAAGAGGAUUCUGAAGGACCUGUGGAAGCUGGUGCUGAGCUGCCUGGAGAAGACCAUCGUCCUACCCCAGAGUAGUGACAGCCUGGGUGCUCAGCUUCUCACAGCAGCUAAAGGACUGUCCAACCUGAAGGGCGGAGCAGAGCCCAGGACGCUGACGUCCAAACAGUGUCAAAUCAUUGAUGCCAGCUUGGAGACCCUCAAGAGCUUCUUCCAUGCGGGGGGCAGUGGGCUGAAGAGGACGUUUGUGGAGAAGAGUCCGGAGCUGGCUUCUCUGCAGUAUGCCCUGUCCCUGUACUCCCAGAGCACUGACGCACUGAUCAGGAACUUUGUCAGCACUCAGAGGUCACAAGUCCAUGACGGCAGGGGCAUCCGGAUCACCAACAAUGAGAAGACCAGGCCAGAGCGAGGUUCUGGUGUGGAGAAGCCCAUUGGGGAAGUGCAGCUGCAGAUCGACAUUCUCAGCAAAGAACGCAAGCUCAACGUAAAAGUGAUUGCUGUGACUGACCUGAAGUGGCAGACCUCGGGCAUGUUCAGACCCUUUGUGGAGGUGACUCUGGUGGGACCCCUCCUCGCCGACAAGAAGCGCAAAUUCACCACCAAAUCCAAAAACAACAGCUGGACGGCCAAAUUCAAUGAGUCAUUUCAGUUUGUUCUGGGGAAGGAAAACCUGGACUGCUACGAGCUGCAGGUGGUGGUGAAGGACUACUGCUUUGGCCGAGCGGACCGUGUAGUUGGGCUGACCGUGGUGCAGCUGAGGGACGUGGUCGAUCGCCGGAGCUGUGUGUGCUGGUGUCCCCUCGGAGCCAGCGUCCACACCGACCAAACUGGUACCACCGUCAUACGCAUCCUGUCCCAGAGGUCUGCCGAUGAGGUGGCCAAGGAGUUUGUUCGGCUCAAAUCCGAGAACCGCCCAGCUGAGGAGGGACGAUGAAGAGGGACACAGAGGAGGAUCAACAAUGAGGAAGAAGGCCAAUGAGGGGGAGGUUUGACAAGGAUGAGGGACGUUGAGAGGGAGGGUCGAUGCUUUGUGGUCUAUGGCCAGGUACGCUACCAGUAAUCCUCUGUUGCACUGUGUCCUAUGGGAGAAUUCUGUCUGGGCCAGAGCUUCCAGGAGCUGCAGUACGUGAGUUGGUGUCAGUGUGUUUGCGUCACUAUUAUAUUUGAAAAAUGAAAAAUAGAUCAAAAGUAAGU